AUGCCGUUAAGCGGGUGUUCGACUUGUACGGGAUUGGUGGUGACGGCGGUAGUAACAAUAUUGCUCUUUCCAGCUCAGUACUAUGUACCAGAUUUGUACGUGGGACCAACUGAGCCUUCUCCUGAACCAAAGUUACUGCGGGUGCCUGUUUCAGCCAAUGCUACGUAUACUUGGUUACCUCUCGACCUUCCUCCUGUGGAUUUGUUUCUUACAGUGUUAUUAAUUCUAUUGGCAAUGGUAACCUAUGUCUGUGACUGGAUACAAAGAAAGUUAAUGGAGAGACGAAUAUUGAAGUUGAAUCAGUGUUUACAAGACUGCAUUGAGCGAUUGCGUUCUUGGGAUGUACGUCAGGAACAACUGGAAGCCACGCUGAAGAUGGUGCAGAAUGCCACGUCCGAGUACAACUUGCUGUUAUACCUGCUGCUGCGUCAGCACCGCCUCGGCCCUAUCGCUAGGAAACCAGUUUCGCACUGUAUCUUCGACAAGGAGCUGGAUGAUCUCAACUUCGUCACGAAUCCUAUUGAUAAUCAAGAAACUUUUUAGUGUGUGUGUUGUGUUGUAUUGUUUUAAUAAAAUUAGUUUUUGGUCUAAUUUGGUUUA